AUGGCUGUUCUGGCUGCUGUAUUCGCUUCCAGCGAUGCAUUCCCGAGUGCUGUCGACUCAAAGCCCGUUCUCAAGGAUGACGCCUCUUUCGUCAAUCGCGAGACGAAUGGCCUCUUCAAUAAUGCAGAUGAGCAGAUGACUUUGAAAGUCAUUGUUACUUCGGAUGGAGAUUUGGAGGAGGAGAGAGGUGGCACUACUUCACUUGUAGCUGAAGGAGCGAGAUUGUUCAGCACAAAGUUUAGGCAAUCGUUCGGGCGUGCCAAAGACUCAGUCUCGACCCUCGCUGCAACGCAACUGGCACGCCAUGAAAAGCUCCCGGUGUCGGUGCUAACUUUUGUAUGGACAAGCUGCCUGAACCUGCCAAGUCCAAGAUCGCGGUGUUAA